ACAUCUCAAUAAUUUUAUCAUACAAGGAAUUUCUACAAAAGGAUUAUCCACAUUACCCUUUAAUUACUGCAUUUCGCUAUUGUAGUUGGAAAUACAUGGAUUUUGCUUCCAUCAAACAGGGAAAAGAUUUCACUGACGCGAAUCAACAUUACGAUAACGUUAAGUUAUAGGCUUACGGCAUCCUACAAACUGUAGCCUAACUGCUUCUAUAAGCUUGCCAGGUAGAAUCGCGCUUCUAUACCUAGACUAAUUAUGGCCAAGAAAAAGGGGAAAAAGCAGAAAGGCGAAGAAGAACCACCAGAUCCGAGAUUAUCAGCAAUGAAAACAAUAAUAUCGAAGGAAACGAACACCAGAAAGGAAGGAGAAAUCACGCGCAAUAAGGCCAUGAUGCCACUCAAAAGAGUUAACAGCAAUCCUUUGAUCUACGAAAUGAUACCAAUUGCAAAAAGUCUUUUUCCGAAUUCAAAGAGUGUCGAUUUUGGAUUUGAAGGUGUACUAGACAUUCCAAAUCAAGUUUAUUAUAAAGAGGAAAUGGAUGAUGUGACUGUCAGCCUUGGAGACCUACCACCACUUAACAUGAAAAAAGGAGCCAAUCUAAAAACUUCUCUCUCUUUUUUGAAUAGUACUGAAAUUGACAGCCGUGACCUUGACCAGCUUGAUAAAGUUGAAUCUCAUGAUUCGAUGCAUUUCUUGAAGACCAGAGUUGGUAAAGAAAAUUUUGAAAAUAUACUUGAAACUUACAAGUCACCUCUUGUGGAUAUACAAAAAAGAGCAUCAGACGAAGGCGGCUUUGGAAACACCGAAACUUUUAAAAGAACGGCCCGUUGCUGUCGAUUGUUGAUUCUUAUUGUUUUCUUAUUACUUAUACUAAUUUGUGGAACUUUGAUUGGUUUGGUAUUUGCAGGUAUUCCGAUUCCCUAUUUAAGCGACCUCGUAUUUCCUCCAGAACCAGUAUCCAAUAUUACCGACACAACUACAAUAGCGGAUGUUGUCGAAAGCACAACUCCACUACCCGAAAGCUAUAUUGGUGUUGGUUCAGGUAUUAAUUCGGGUCAGCUGUUUUUCGUGGCUGAAACAGAACUUUUCGUAAUACAAGCAAAUGUUUUCAAAAUUAACAAUGAAGCAGUCGAUCUAUCUUGGGAAUAUGUUUGGCCGCCCGAACAUUCAAAGUCGAAGUUGCUUGAAGAUGUGUUUAUUGAUGUUUACGACUAUCUUGGAUAUAAAAUCGACAUUGUCACAGUUGAUGACAUAAAUCCAGGUGGCAGCUCUUGGAAAGUUCAGGUGCGGCCGUUUGGACGACCAAAAUAUAAUUUAGACAUCAUGAAAUGGUACGGAUUUGAAUACAAGGGGCCGGAAACGCAAGACGAAGACUAUCUAGAAAAAACUACAAAAUAUGUUGAAGAAGUAUUUCUUUCUCAACAAAAUGCAGAAGUUGAAUAUAAUGCGGUUCACGUCGGACGUAGUUUUAUCGAGAAUGUGCCAAAGUACAUCAAUAAAGUUGGGAUUCGUCGUCCACCUUCUCAUAUACCAGCUGAAUGGAGCAAUUGUUCAGAAUCUCCAAUUUGUGACAAGUGAACUUUCUUAGCCGUGAAAAAGGGUUAAAUUGGAUUGCUUUCAUCUUUAGGUGAUAAUAUGUAACGACGACUAAGAAUCGAAUAGAUUAAAAUAUCAAUGCUUUCCACGAUACUACAUUACGAUCAUAAAUUAUUAAUUUUUCAGCAGGAGUCAUAUUGA